AUGACAACACUACAACCACGCGGUUACGGAGGACUUCCUUCAUUUCAAUUUAGUCCACCUAAUCGGGCUCAUAAUCGAUAUUAUAAUGAUAGAUAUCCAAGGUACGGAACAUCUUUUUCACCACACUUUCCAACUCCGCGAUUUUAUCAGCCACCUUUCUAUCCUAAUGAAAGAUAUACAACACCUGGUUUCUAUCAAGAUCGACGAUCUGGUUUUGGUAGACAACUUGCAACAUUUUUAUAUAGAUUAGAUGAUCAAGUUCGAUAUGAACAAUAUUUACGUAGGUUAGAAAAAAUACAAAGGCAAUAUGGGAGACUACAAAACAAUAACUAUGCAACAUCAUUACCAUGGAAUAGUUAUGGUGGCAACGUAUAUGAAUUUGAAAAAGAGACAAAAUAUGUACCAGUACCAGUCUUUUUGAAUCCUAAUACGGGACAGUAUGAACCUCUUGGAAAUUCAGGUCUUGGUUUUUCUCCGAAUAUAGGCUACCCUGGUGGUAUGAAUUUGCCACCAAAAAUCAGAGUCAUUUUCAUACCAACAGGUCAAUCAUCUUUACAACAACCAUGGAUAGGCCCAUUAACGACACCACCUUUUCUUUACAAUCGUAUAGCACAACCUUUACACGCAUUUCCACUACCACCACCAUUACCACAACUAGGAUCAUUGCCUCUUACACCUGCAGUUCAACAAAUGGUCAUACAACGCUACAGCAAUCCUGUUGCUGUAUUACCUUGUACUCCUAGCUGGCAAAUGUCUCAACUGAUGAUGCCCAUUUAUCCACAAUUUUCUCAAGCACAACCUAUGGUACCUAUAUCAGCCUUUGAGCCAUUUUCAACUGCUGCACAAUCCUACAUUCCUCCUCUAAUGCCAACUUUUCCAUAUCUUCCACCUGCACCACAACCCUGCAUUCCUAAUCUGAUGCCAGCUUUUCCAUCAUUACCACCUGCUCCGCAAUUAUACCUUCCUCCUCCUUCCAGCAUGCCGAUGAACCAAUGCAUGUUAUCACCACCAUCAUCACAGCUACCAUUGCCAGACACUAAUGUAGUUUCAUCAUUUCCUCAAUAUUUUAAUAGCAACUAUCCAAGCAUGUGCCGUGCGUGUCCACCAGUACCACCUUCACUUAACAUAUCAGUCACUGGUCAUUGUUGGGUACAACAUUGUGCUGCUUGUCAUCAUGUACCAACAUCUAUUUCUAAUUCAUAUGUGCGACCUGCCAGUGGACGAAUUACACCAUUGCUUCGCUAUCCAACAGUACCACAGUAUGUACCUGAUCAGACAAUACAACAACAGCAAUAUUUUCAAAAUGAAGCACCGAUUUUGAUGCGUCCAUGGUUACGAAAGACACCGCCACUUCCACCUGGCGCUAUUCUUAUUUCAGAUGAAUAUGUCACUGACAAUCGUUAUUCUUCGGGACAUGAUCGUUCACGAAGAAGAAAACGGCGGCCUAAAGAUAGUUAUUAUCCUGCGCAACGAGCCACAACUGUAGCAUCAAAAACAGUAACCACAGUAAAUCCAACAGCUAUAAAAGUUAGUAGAAGUAUAUCACCAAGAAGAUCAAGCAAAACUCAUAACAAUCGAACUCAAAAUGAAGCAUUCGUUCAAUCAAAUAAUAUCAUAUCAAAUGAUUCAUCAAGUACUACAACAAGUGAUGUAACUGUUGAAUAUCAAAAAGUAACGUUGCAUUCGUCUAAGCCCAAAGAAAACGAUAUUCCUGAACAAUUAGUUAAUGAAGCUCGUAAUAUUAAUUUUCAAUAUAAUUACCAACCACAAGAAUUACCUUCUGUUUAUCUUGUUAAUCAGUAUUUGAAAUCAAAUAGUGAAGAUUCUACAUUAACUGCAAGCUUUAGAACAUUAUCUGACUGUUCUCCUUCACUUAUUAAAGAAAACAUUCAGACUUCAUCGUCGUCAAGUAACUUUAGUCCAAUGAAAGAAGAAGCAAACUCAGAGAAAGAAGAUGAGAAAUCAACUCAUCCUCCUUCUCAAAUAAAAAAACCUAAAGAACGAUUGAUUAUUAUACGAGAAUUUAUGACAAGUUCUCCAUCAACAAUGAGUACUAUUUCAUCAAAUUCGGCUUUUAGUAUUAUUGACAAGGACAUAGACAUAAAAUUCUAA